AUGCUCUCUUUCGCCAGAGAGGGAGCCAGAUCAACGGUCCGACGGCACGGCCAGCAGCAGCCGUUUCGACGCCGCCUGAGCACCGCGGGGCUAAGGUGGAGCGCGAGGUCCAUCAACCGCUACAGCAGUCGCCGUGUGCGCUACGUACAACCCCGAAAUAUAGGCGCCGCCGCUGCCAUCGGCACCACCGAACGGCCAUACAGCCAGCAUGCUGGAGCCAGGGAAAGCGCUUGGCCGACCGGAGCAGCUGCCGCGGCGGCUGCGGCGGCUGCGGCUGCGGCGGGGGCGGCGGUGUUGGUAGCAACGUCGGCAUCGUCCUCCAACGACGAUACCGGCUGUUCGGCGGCGGCGGUAGCCCCUGGCAAAGCAGAACUGCCGGUAGUUCGGGGGCUGUUUGAUCCCUCGCUGGGUGGUACUAUGGCUAAUGGUAGCGAAGGUAUUAACAGCCCGCUCGGAUCGUUUGGCGGCGGCGGCGGUGCAGGAGGAGGAGGGGCACUGCAGACGAAGAGAACAGGAGGGGGGGGUGGCGGUGCGGUGGCGUUUGCCGGAGAGACUGUGGGGGGGGCGGAGGACAUGACCGUGGAAGGAGGGUUCCUGGGACAGUACGAGAUCGGGCGUCUGCUGGGGGAGGGGAGCUUCGGCCUGGUGUACGAGGCCCGUCCUGUGGGGUCCGACCGAAGAGUGGCGCUCAAGCAGAUCAGCAAGCUGGGAGUGCGGAGAGAAGAGAUACUUCAAGAGAUGACCACCCUCAAGGCCAUCCAUGCGGCGGGAGGGCACGACAACAUAGCCCGCGUCCUGGAUGUGUUCGAGGACUCGACCUUCUACUUCUUCGUGCUUGAGCUUGUGUCUGGCGGGGAGAUGUUCGAGCACCUUACGAGGAACGGUCCGUACUCGGAGGCGAAGGCGGCGGCCUUCAUGAGGGAGCUGGCCGCCGCCCUGCAGUUCCUGCACUCGCAAGAGAUCAUACACGCGGACCUCAAGCCCGAGAACCUGAUGCUCAGCUCCUGGGACCUGGGGGAGUCGAAGCUCAAGGUUGUGGAUUUUGGCUCUUCCAUGCGAACCGGCACCGCGAUCGACCUCGACGACUCGACGCUCGGGACGACUUGGUACCUGCCCCCGGAGGCUGUGGUGUUGGACGAGGAGCCUCUCCCUAACGACGGUGUUGGCGGUGGUGGUGGUAGCGGGCAGCAGCAGGGUCACGAGCUCUUGGUAACGCCGGCGCUGGAUAUGUGGGCCGUCGGUUGCAUCUUGUUCAUCAUGCUCUGUGGGACGCAUCCGUUCGACCUCGACAGCAACUCGGAGGAGGAAGAAGUGAUCAAGAGAGUGCGCUCGGGAGUUGUCCCGCUCCUAGAGCUAGGUAGAGGCAUCUCCGACUCUGCCAAGGAUCUCAUCUCCAGGUUGUUGACGAGGGACCCGAAGGAAAGGCUUACAGCGGAGGAGAUGAUGCAGCACCCGUGGAUACAGGGGAGAACAGCACCGCAGAGGCCGUUGAAAGGGAGCGACGCUCGAUUGGCCCGUUUCCGGGAAGUCCUAAGCCAGAAGCUGGAGACGGGGGUGGUGUCUAUGCUUGUGGAAGGAGCUGUGGCCGAGGACAUCGCGGGUGUUUUAGAAGAGCACAGCGCAUCCGUGAGCGAGGACGAGCGCAGGGCGAUCGACGAGGCGGUGUCUGUCGCCAGAAACUUCAGGCGGCCAUCUGGAUCAAAAACGCGGUUGAGGCCGCAAGGGGAGGGAGACGCGCCCGAUGGUGGCCUGUACUUCAUAGUCGAAGGGCGCGUGGACGUGCUCGUGAACAGCGCGGGCUGGCAGAGCAGUGGCGCCGGGGACGAAGGCGGAUCAUCCCCGGCUACGACGAACGCCGACUCACGGCCGCCGACGCCGAUACACCACGCCCACACGAGGGUGGCUUCCAUGGGACCCGGCGACUUCUUCGGCGAGGGAGGGGUCGUUUCGGCACAGCCCCGGGGAGAAUCCGUGCGCGCGGUAACGCCUGUCAAGGUGAUUAACGUCAGCCUGGCCAGCUGCCACCGGAUGAUCGACGCGCCUGGGAAGGUGUCUUCCAGCCUCCGCCGGGUGGCUCUCAGCCGGGCGCUGUUCAGGGCGAAGAACGUCGUUCGCGCGGUGCACUCCGUCACGAAGAGGCUGCUGGGCCCUGGGGAGGCCGUGUUCCGUCAGGGGGACAGGGGCUCGUCGCUGUUCACGGUGGAGGAGGGAGAGCUCAACGUGGUGAAGGAGCACUCGGGGGUCCACCGCACGGUGGCCCGCCUGUCGCCAGGGAGCUUGUUCGGGGAGAUGGCGCUCAUGACGGCGCAGCCCAGGUCCGCUUCUGUCGUGUGCGCCGCCGAGGGCGGUUGCGCAGUGGAGGAGAUCAGCGGCGACGACUUCGCACGGCUCCUGAUGGCGAGGCGGACGGGGUUCCGUAGAGACGUGAUGCGCAUGCUUCGGGCGAGGCAGUUCCGACACGGCGUGUACAAGCUGCUCACGGAGCUUGGAAGCGAGGCGACCUUCUCGGACGAGGAGCUGCGGCAGGUCUUCGACCGAGCCGACACGGCCAAGUCAGGCACGCUAAGCCUCGACGAGCUCAAGGCUGCGUUCCUCAGAGCUGACCCUCUCCUGGACGAGUCCGCGGUGGAGGAGAUCAUGACCAUGCUCGAUCUCGACGCCGUCGGAUGCGUGUCUUUCGAAGAGUUCUUGAAGAUCAUCCGAUGGGACCCGUAGGACAUGGGCGGGUUGUGACGAGAGUUGGGGUGCAUCGAAGACGGGCGGGCUGACGAUGACGACAGCGAACUCUUCCAUGACCCCUUCUUUUGGUUCGCCUUUCAUUUAUCACGGAGAGAGAUGCGCUCGUUGUCGAAUUCCCCGUCUUUAUUAUUGUUUCUUCCCAAAAUUGCAUCCACCGCUCGCCGAGAUUUGUGUUUUGUGUGUGUGACCCUGCUGCCUUUAUGGCCAUUGGCCGAUCCCUGCCUUGGUAGCCGAGGAGUCGUAGAUGACAGACGGAGAUUGUCGAGAUCGCCCGUGUGUGAGAUGCGCCCCGUCCCCCCCCAGGGGAGGGGGCCCCGCCGGUCCGGGCGGUUUGUGGGGUGUGCAUACUUUCUUACAGGUGUGUGUGUGCAUGUUUUUUGCUGCUAGCAUCGAUCGUUCGCGCUAACCGGCUGACCGGUUAAAAUACGCCAGUCUCGGUUCGGUCGAAAAGACACUAGGCCAUGAUCUGGUGUGUUCGUGUGUGUGCGUACCGCGGCGCGCCUUGUGUCCUUGUGAGGUUGGAUCAUUCAUCCCCUGUCUUCCAACUUGAGUGCAAGGCAUCUUGAGUGAUGUCGGGGAGAUAGGUUUCUGAGAGAUUCUUCCUUCGAGCCGUUGUUGUGCUCGGGUCCCCCUUUUUUUUGUUCGCCCCGGUGGACCCCUUCGGCUGCCUGAAAGGUUAUCACCAUGAGUGAAGCGCACCGAAGUUUUGUGCAUGUUUUAUCUUCCAUUGUUUGUGCGGAUGUUUUUUCUCUUCGACAGCAGUUUUGAUGUGCAAG